GGCACGGUACGCGUCGUGCGCCGCGAUUCAACAUUCGAAAGUGCGAAUACCGGUGUGGUGCUGUGAUAUAUUAAUUAAUAGCGUUAAUAGCGUAAUUAUUCUGUGACUAUAGUGUAAAAAAUCACGGAGCGUCUCUAAAAGGAAUUGUGAGGUUGUUGAUGCCGGGGCGCAUGGAUGGCGCCGCACAUGUGGCGGUCUCUCGCCUGUCUGCUGGCACUCGCCUCUGUUGUCGCCGCUAAGUAUGCGGAGCUAGAAUCGUGGCGCGGGAGGGGGCGGCCGGUGAGCGAGGUGCAGGAAGCGGAGGACGAGCUACACGAUGCGGAGCUGCUCGCCGCCGUCCGGACUUCCAUGAAACAGUGGGAGAUCAAGAGGGGGAGGACGAGGACCAAGAGAUCACAGGGCAGCGUGUGUUAUGGCGAAUUCGGGUGCUUUGAGGAUGCCGGGCCUUUCGCCUACCUGGAGACGCUGCCCAGCCCGCCCCAGGACGUCGGCACUCACUUUCUACUAUACUCCACCGUAAAUAGGAGCGACCAACCCCUAAUCGCGGUGCCAGCGUCGAACAUGUCGGCGGCGUGGGGCUGGGCGGCGCGCGCGUUCGACGUGGCCCGCCCCACGCGCAUCAUCGUCCACGGCUUCGGCUCCAACUGCGACAACGUCUGGGUCUACGAGAUGAGGUCGGCGUUAAUGGCUGUGGAGGAAUGCAACGUGAUCUGCGUGGACUGGGAGGGCGGUGCGUCGAUGCCAAACUACCUGCGGGCCGCCGCCAACACGCGGCUCGUCGGCAAGCAACUUGCACUGCUGUUGCAAGGUUUAGCGCAGCAUAUUGACCUGCGGUUCGAAGACGUCCAUCUUAUUGGGUUCAGCUUGGGCGCCCAUGUCGCCGGUUUCGCUGGCUCAGAGUUAAGAAAUAUUAGUAGGAUAACAGGUUUAGACCCGGCGGGCCCCCUGUUCGAGUUCCAAGACCCGCGCGCUCGGCUCGACAAGACAGAUGCCAAGUUCGUCGACGUGAUCCACUCUAACGGCGAGACGCUGAUAUUGGGCGGACUUGGCGCCGCGCAGCCGCUCGGCCACGUCGACUUUUACCCGAAUGGCGGCCGAGUGCAACAUGGCUGCUCUAAUCUAUUCGUUGGCGCGGUCUCCGAUCUGGUGCUGCCGUGGGCGGCGGCGUCUGCGGAGGGACGCUCGCUGUGCAACCACCGCCGCGCAUACAAGUUCUUCACGGAUUCCGUCUCACCCAAGUGCCACUUCCCCGCCUUCCCUUGCACAGAUUAUGACAAGUUCUUGGAGGGGCGCUGCUUCCCGUGCGACGCGGGUCGGCGCUGCGGCAACAUGGGCUACUACGCGGACCGCUCGCUCGGCCGCGGCCAGCUGUACCUGCUCACCAGGGAGGAGGAACCGUUCUGCGCCCACCAAUACCACGUCGCGGUAUGGGGAGGAAUUGACGUCGGCGACAAACCAAACUACGGUCGUGUUACGCUCACUCUACACGGAGACUCCGGACUCAACGAAUCUUUUCCAUUGAAUAAACACGAAGAAACCGCAACAGGGGGAGGCGUGUCGGCGCGCUUCACGCGCGUUCUAGUGCCGCACCCCGCGCUGGGCGUGCCGCUGCGAGCGAGCGUACACUACGCCGCGUACACGGGCUGGCUGAGUGCGGGCGCGCGGGCUCUCGUCUUACACAAGGUGCUAAUUACGGAUAGCUUUGGGAAGACGUCAUCAUACUGUAAAAUACUUCGGCUCGCGUCUGACGAAUAUGUGCAACUACCGUUGUAUCCGGGAGACUGUCGAAUGCCGCUGAUCGAUUCGAACACCACAAUAACCAACGUGGGCGACCUGUUCACGCGGGACAACGUGACCCGGUCCGGCGCCGACGACCUGCAGAACGAGCUGCCCGAGGACUCCCCGCAGCGGCCCUUCAUGCUGGUCGACACGUACGAGUUCGACGGCGCCGAGUCCGUCGACUCCGGCCGCGCCUUCGGCAUGACCAACACCAAGACCGCGCCCAGCGGCGUCGUCGAGAUCGCCGAGCCCGUGCUGCGACCGCGCCUGCGCAAGACCCCCCGCCACCGGUCCGACGCGCCCGACAGCCCGCCCGAGAUCUCCGAGCCGCUUCUGCGCGCGACGCCGCGCCCCACCCCGCCCCCACCCAACCGCAAGGCCAAGAACUACGACGUCUCGACCCCACCCUCCAACGAGGUCGAUGAGCCGGAGCGGGAGGGCGGCUUCGUCCAGUUCCUCCCCGCGCGACUGGCCUCCUUCAUCUCCCGAGCCGAACGCUACGCUAGGGAUACUAUUCUGCCUCUAGUUUCCGCCUACGCGCCCCGUCUGCCUAUAUUCGGAUCGCGCGAGAUCCCCAAGCCGACCGCGCGCUUCAUCCCCAUGGAGGACGUGAACGUGACGAACUCGGUGCCGGUGCCGACGCCCACCCUGGAGAUGAAGAUCGAGAGCCUGCGGACGAUGGGCCCACCGGUCGAGAAGCGCGAGUUCGAGACCCCCGAGGAGCCCGACAUACCGGUCGUCAUCUCCACGACGACGACAACGAGCUCCACGACCGCGCCCCCCACGACGACCGUCGAGGCGAUAGAGGCGGCGCCCUCGGAGAUGCUGCAGGUCGUCGCCGCCUCCACCAGCACCGCCCUCCCGCCCGUGGCCCUCCGCAGCCAGGGGGAGAAGAUCCUCAUAGUGUACCCGAACAACGCGAGGGACGAGAGGAAAAUAAAGUCGCACUCGAUCCCGGAAGAGCUGCAGUUCGAGGCACUGUACAGGCACACGGCCGAGCCCGCCGUCCGGGUGGACCUGCCCACGUUCGCCCCGCCUCCCGCCAGCCCCGCCCCGCCGGCGAGCGCCGCACCCGCCCCCGCGGACGCGCGCUACAUCCCCGUCUACUCUAACGUCCGACAAACUCAAGAUCGAACCUGAUCGCUCGCCAUCCUGUAAUUUUUACAUUGUAAAUACACUUUUUUUUACUUUUUAAUUGGUUAGACUGAAUCAAAGAUAUUUUAUCAGUUAUUUAGGAUUAAGUUAAUUAGGGUUUGUAAAUAGAUUUAUAAAUAAGAACAGUUUGUUUUUUUAAUUAAAAACUUAUUUAUUAA